UACCCAAAUGUCGGUAUGGUCAGAAGGCACUAGCAAGUAGUAGACUCCUUCAGUUGACCCUUUCUGUAUCCAUCUCAAAAGAACAUGGAAAGAGCUCAAGAUUCAAAGGUGAACUCCCUGGCAUGAGUACUGACUUUCAUGAUGGUCAUUGAUCCGAAUGUAACUUUUUUAACAGGCAUCACUCUGCAGAACAAGAACCAGUUGAUACCACAUGAUACUUGCCCCAUAUGAUCAAGCCUACUGCUUUAUUAAAGCAAACUGCAAGAAUAACUCUGCAGAAUGUAAACAAGCUGAACCUUCUGAGAUUGGCCCCUGGUGGUCAUGUUGGACGCUUCUGCAUCUGGACAGAGAGUGCUUUCCGUAAGCUAGAUCAACUGUAUGGCACCUGGCGUAAAGCUUCCUCCCUCAAAGUUGACUACAACCUGCCAAUGCAUAAGAUGACAAACACAGACCUGAGCAGGAUUCUGAAGAGUGAGGAGGUCCAGAAAGCACUUCGUGCACCCAACAAGAAGAUCAACCGCAGAGUACUGAAGAAGAAUCCCCUUAAGAACAUUAGGGUUAUGUUCAAACUGAACCCCCACGCCAAGACAGCAAGACGUCAUGCCAUUCUUAAGCAUGACCCCAAGAUCAAGGCAAAAAUGCUGAAACCUAAGAAGAAGCCUGGAAAGAAAGGAGCACCGAAGAAAAUCAAGGCAUAAAUUUAUACUUGCUGACUAGAGUUAAUUAAGGCUGACUGGAGUUCAUUAAGAAAAUAAAUAAUUGGUUUCAA